AAUGCUCCUGCACACAUAGCUGAUACGCCACCUACUGCAAAACCGAGCUGACAGCGCAGGCGAUGCUGCCAGCAUUUCCAUUCCAUCACCAGGCUGGGGCUGAAUAAAGGCGUGUUUGUGUGGUAGUGUUUCUUUUUUAAAAAUCUCAAAGCCAAGAAGAACAAGCUGCAAUUGCAUUUUCGAACAUGGAGCGUAAAAUAAACAGAAGAGAAAAAGAAAAGGAGUAUGAAGGGAAACAUAACAGCCUGGAAGACGCUGACCAGGGCAAGAACUGCAAAUCCACCCUGAUGACCCUCAACGUUGGUGGAUACUUAUACAUUACUCAGAAACAAACACUGACCAAGUACCCAGACACUUUCCUUGAAGGUAUAGUGAAUGGGAAAAUCCUCUGCCCGUUUGAUGCCGACGGUCAUUAUUUCAUAGACAGGGAUGGGCUCCUCUUCAGGCAUGUUCUAAACUUCCUACGAAAUGGAGAACUUCUACUGCCCGAAGGCUUUCGAGAAAAUCAACUGCUUGCACAAGAAGCAGAAUUCUUUCAGCUCAAGGGACUGGCAGAGGAGGUGAAGUCCAGGUGGGAAAAAGAACAGCUGACACCCAGGGAGACUACUUUCUUGGAAAUAACAGAUAACCACGAUCGCUCGCAAGGACUGAGGAUCUUCUGUAAUGCUCCUGAUUUCAUAUCAAAAAUAAAAUCUCGUAUUGUUCUCGUAUCCAAAAGCAGGCUGGAUGGAUUUCCAGAGGAGUUUUCAAUAUCAUCAAAUAUCAUUCAGUUUAAAUACUUCAUAAAGUCCGAAAAUGGCACUCGGCUUGUCCUGAAGGAAGACAACACCUUUGUCUGCACCUUGGAAACUCUGAAGUUUGAGGCCAUAAUGAUGGCCUUAAAGUGUGGUUUCAGACUGCUGACCAGCCUGGAUUGUUCCAAAGGGUCAAUUGUUCACAGCGAUGCACUUCAUUUUAUCAAGUAAUUACCUGUGUCAUGAACAAAGGCAACAAGCAUGCAGCCAGCAAGCUUCGGAAAACCACAGCAUCAGAGGCAUCCCAAAUAACGUGCCCAGCUAGCUCUGUACUCAGAGCCCUGCUGCUAAUCAAUUACUGUGAGCUAACGGUAUGUAAAUCCUAUUGCUAAAGAUGUCCUUCUCUAGGGUGUUCUGCAGAUCAGACUCGUACACUUAAAGUGAGAACAGUGAUCCUCUACAUAGUGUAAAUAAAGACUGAAUGCUUUUGCUAUUUGUUUAUUUUUCCUUAAGCUGUCGUUCAAUCAGAAUGUCUUGGGUACUUGCACAAUGAACAAGCAUCAUGUACGUUAUCUAUCGUGCUUUUAAAUAAAUGGUAACAAAAUAUUUUUAAGGGACUAUAAGAUUUAAAUCCCUUCUAUUUAUGGCAAAAAUCUACGAAGAAACUGCACUGGCAAAAUUAACCAUUGAGAGCAAGAUAGAUGUGCAGAUCUACUAAAACAGAACUGUGGUGAAACCAAGUGAGACUGUAAGAAGGUAUUAAAGCUGUGGAUUUCAUUUUUAAUGGUAGGCACCAAAAGCUUGUUCCUAGUUCCUGUAUUUCAUACUAGAAUUAUAGCUGAAUUGAUAUAUUGUUGAAAAUUCCUAGAAAACUGCUUGACGACAAUAAAAAAAUGAAAGUGCUACUAA